GUGCAAUUUGAGCAACAUCUGCGGCACGCGAGCGUCACGCGCAGUAGGAGGAGGUGUGUUUCACGUUUCGCGGUGCAGGUUAGUCGCGAUUUACUGCCGUUUAUUUUAGUAAUUUACAGUAUUAUUAGUGAAUAAACGAGGCGGUGUUUUAAAAUUCCGAACUGGCAGAGAGUGAGGAGGACAGUGCAGGUGUGUGUUACCGUGGUUUAGAGCCCCAGCCGUGGAAGGUAAAAGUGCCGCCAAUGGACGACUGCACGGAGAAACAGCAGCCUUUGGACGCUGCUGUUAUCAUCGUAGAGAACGAAGCGGAGCCAGUGCGAGAGGAGAAGUCCGGUACAGCCGCCCACGUUUACCUGGACACCUGCCCCGUCUGCCAGCUAAACUUUCACAGCCGAGAGCCCAAACUUCUGCCGUGUCUCCACUCUUUCUGCAAGAAAUGUUUACCGUCACCCUCAAGGAAUUUGGCCAUGCCAGAGCCGCCAAACUCCCAGGUAGACAGCGCGACCAAACCACUGAAUGUGAUCCGCUGUCCAGUGUGCAGGCAGGAGUGUAUGGAGGUAGAUGUGAUGGAUAAUGUCUUUGUGAAGGACUCGGUUGAGGCUCCCAGCAGCACAGUGGAGAGGACAGUCCAGCUCUGUAUGACCUGUGAUGACAACACUGAAGCUGCAGCGUUUUGUGUCGACUGUGUUGAGUACCUGUGUGCCACCUGUGUGGAGGCCCACCAAAGGGUUAAAUUCACCAAAGACCACACCAUUAGACAGAAGACAGAAAUACCACAAGAGGUCCACGGUGUGUCGACUCAGAGGCCGAUGUUCUGCGACAUCCACAAACAAGAACCACUGAAACUAUUCUGUGAAACCUGUGACCUACUGACCUGCCGGGACUGCCAACUUGUCAAGCACAAGGACCACAAUUACCAGUUCCUUGAGGAUGCUUAUAAAAACCACAAACAGCACAUGGAGACGAUGACCCAUCAGCUGCAGGAGAAAAGGAAACUGAUUGAAGAGGUGUCAGACUCCAUAAACAAUGGACUUCUACUGGUUGAUCAGAACCGAACAUCUAUUCACAAUGAAAUAAAGAAGUCCAUCUGCAGUUUGAUUCUCGAGAUAAACAAGAAAGGCAAGAUGCUAGUCAGUCAGCUUGAGGCUGUAACAAAGGACCACGAGAGUGUCCUGCGUAAACAACAAGAGGACAUUGGCUAUCUAUCCAGACACCUGGAUCAUGUCAUCAGUUUCACCAAAUGGGCCACAGCCAGGAAUGGGGGCAUGGCCCUCUUGUACUGUAAACGUUUGAUUCUGUUUCAGAUUGGAAACCUCCUGCAGGCAAAAUGCAGUGUCUCAUUUGUACCACAGAGCACUGUGCGCUUCCAGUGUCGAGCCUCGUACUGGGCCUCAAAUGUUGAUCUGGGCUCUUUAGUGGUAGAAAGUGUACCAGGCCACCAGCUGGGUGGUUGUCAGGGUAUCCCGCAUCAGCUCACCCACCCCGGGCAGGGCCCCUCAGGCUCACCCCACAGCUUUGCCCUGGGAGCUCCUCAUAGCACUUUGGCUCAGCUCCAGAUGCAGGUGGACAAGCUAAACCCUUUGGCUAACUGGCAGCCACAACCGCCUCCUCCACCCUGGACAUGGUACCAGAGCGUCCGACUGCCGCGGACUGUCCCAGGGCCCCAACGGGGAGGUUCUCCCUCUCACAAUAUGAAUCCCCAACUGGGCCGUAGGUUUGUCAUGCCUCUGACCAACCAUGUCAGCCCAACUAGCAGCUUACCGAGCCCUGGAUUUGCUCCCCAGCAUCAUCUGAGGGUGAUGGGAAGUAGCUCUAGCUACCAAACCAAAGCAGUGGAUAUGUUUUCUGCUUCACCUCCUUGCACGCUUAUAAGACCAAUGUCCAUAAAUGGUGGUGUCCGUUCGCCUCAAUCAAGACAGGUGAUUGAGCCCACAUAUGUGAGCAGGAGGAAUGAAUCAGCAGGUCCAGUAUACAUGAUGAAUCCCAACUAUACUCAGGGCGUAAUGCUGUCUUUGCCAAACAGAAAUGUGCAAGGCCAGCAGAAUUCACCAGGGUACACUGCUGUAUCUCAGGAGGAAAAACAAGGGACAGUUUCCUGGAAACCUCCAGAAGCACACAGGGCUAAUGGAGGAGUGGGCUCUGCUGUCAAGAGGAAAAGAAGAUCAUCUCCAGGGCCAAUCAUUGUCAUCAAAGAUGAGCCAGAUGAUGACAGCGGUUAUGCACAUUCCUAUCAAAGAGCCAACCUCCCUGACAGCACAGAUGACCAACCCCAAAUUAGUUCCAAAGUUGAAAGAAACAAGGUCCCAACUUCUCUUCAAAGCACAGAAGACAGAUCUCACAGCCCUUCACAGCCUACAGCCAGUCUGUGGGGCCAGAGUGAGACUACAGCUCCAAAUCACAUCCGUUCAGUGGCAGAAGAGCAGCAGCUCGACCAAAAUCAAGCUCGGCUGGAAGACUCUAAUGAAGUCUGGUGUGUUGUGUGUCAGACUGGUGGAGAGCUGUUGUGCUGCAAUAAGUGUACCAAAGUUUUUCAUCUCACGUGCCAUGUUCCAUCUCUCCUCAAGUCUCCCAGCGGGGAAUGGCUUUGCUCUUUCUGCCGUGACCUGUUAGUGCCUGAGAUGGAGUUUGACUGCAAACCUGAAGCCAAAACCGUAAAGACCGAGACAGAUUUUCAAGGAGGAUUUGCGCCGGUGGACAAACAAAAAUGUGAGAGGCUGUUGCUGCACUUGUUUUGCACUGAGCUGAGCUCAGAAUUUCGAGAGGCUGUAUCCACCUCGGUAUGUGCUAAUAACAGGCUGGCUGUAAAGCUGCCAAUGAAUCUUUCCACUGUGAAAAGACGUCUGGAGGCUAAACACAGUCUCUGCUACCAAAGCACUGCAGAGCUUGUGUCGGACAUCAGGCUCAUAUUUAGGAACUGUGCAGUUGUCAGUGAGGCUGAAGCUGAAAUCACCAAAACCUGCAGGGAACUUAAAGAGCUGUUUGAACGGUACCUAAAGCUCAUCUACCCCGACCAAACCUUUCCAGAAAUCAAACAGGAGAUGAUACCUACUGCUCCUCCUGAAACUCAGGUCUCACCUCUUGACAGUAUGCCACAGCUUGCAAAGUGUCAGAGCACAUGUUCAGACUCCCAGGAAACACCGAGCUGUCCCAGUGGAGAGGAGGGCGUUGCAUGAAAGCACAAAUCUUUGCAAUCGUUUCGAUAUUUAACAACACUGCCAGCACCAAAUGAUAUGUGGUGUGGAACACUUUAUUACAAACAUUUGUGAUACAUAGUUACCUUCAGGUCACCAAAAAUGUUUUAUAUGUUUAAAAAUUAAAUUGUACAGCGAGCAAAGACUGUCUCAUACAUGAUAUAGGACCCUAAUUAAUUUUUUUUUUCUGUUAUAAACAGCAUUAAAGUUGUUGGAUUUAGUGGAUUUUCCAUCUCUGCUAAAGCUUGAAGAUUAAAAUUGGAUUCAUGCAGCAAGUACAUAGCGUACAUUCACCAGAUUUGGGUGUUUACAGGGUAAAGCUAACUGGCCAUUAUGGUAUGCAAGUCUGCACAGAGUAGAUACCAUUGAUUGUUAGCAAAGAAGCUAAUGAGUUAAUAUGUGGUAUGGUAUGUUAAGGUCUUUGUAUGUAAAUAUUGCUGUAAUUAGACACAGGAUGAUAAUCAUGAGCUUUGGUGUUUGUGAUUUGUCCCAUGUGGCACCAAGAGUAAAUGAAAAACUCAAAGGAAAUGAAAGUUGCUUGUUAAAAUAACAGACUGUGUGAGAUUUUAAACUUUCACACUUUAUUACACAUAUUGCUGUUUGGUGUUAUUUCUGUGACUUUUCCAAACAGUAUAGAAAUAUAGAUUUAAUGUUAUAAAGGUAAA